AUGGAGGGAUCAUUGAGCAACGUCACAGAAGCCGAUGGACCAGCGCAGCCCGUCAAAGACGGACCGAGACUGCGCAGCAAAGAAUUGGUCUCGGAGUUGCCUUUGAGAGGGAAGAACGGACAAACCAGCCGAGGCCGAAGUUUAGAAUCCUGCGCCUUAACGCUUGGCUCGACGUCUUCUCAAUCAAUAAAGACGAUUGAAUGUCCAUCCCCUGACGACCCAGAAGUCGAUUCAGCUGUAUCGGCGGACAGAUUUGUCGAGCAUUCAACCGAUAAUCCGCAAGAAUUACCAAUGCCUCCAAAUCCCGAAGAUGGUCUUUCCAGAUCGAGUCUUUCCACCUCGGAGUUUUCGCAGCCCUACAACAAAGUGCCUCGAGACGAUUUGCUCUCGAGCGAUACGACAAUCGUUCAAGCUAUUCAAGAAGAUUUCCUGGCUUUGCCUUUGCACAAUGAUGUCCAUAUUGGGCAGAAUAUCGAUACAUCGUCUACCUCGACAAGGGCAUUUGGUCUCGCGAAACAGCCUGCCACCAGCGAGCCAGGCUACGAGUCCGUCUGUCCAUACGCGAUCAGAUCGUGGCACUUUGGAACAGCAAUCGCAAAUACUGAGAUAGAAGAUCCUCACAUAUGCUGGUGCAACCAGUGUUUCCAGUGCGAACCCGAUCUCGAAAACAGGAUCUGCUUCGGCAACAGCGACGGCUACGUUGAAGUGUGGACUGACAAGCCCAAAGCGGCUAUAUUCUCGCCAUCUGCAUUUCUCUGCUCUUGCAUGACGCGGCCCUUUCACUCGGAGACUGUAACUAAAUUUGACUUCUAUAAAUCUUAUGCGCAAAAGCUCAGAGAUAACUCGUCGAAAAGAAACUACCUUCUCAGUUCCCGCGACCUCCAUAUAUUGAGCAACAGAGAUAGCGUAUUCAGGCGCAUUGAUUCUGGAAUCGCUCUGCGAUGUCCAUCCUUCGGAAAACACAAUCUCCAACCCCCUUUAUUUGGCCAUCUGCGCCGGUCGUCCGCACCAGAGAAUACUGUCCAUCCAUUCGAAGAAAGCUCCCAAUCAGUCGACGGAACGAACUGUGUCAUACCUGAAAUUAAUCGCCUACUUGUCAAAGGCAGUCUCGAUAUUACUUCUCCAACAUUGGAGUCUAAGCUUGUUCAAUCUAACAUUCCAAUCAGUCCUGAGCCACCAGUUCUGCCAAGAGAAAUGUGUUGGUGCGGUGAUUUCUGCUGGGUUACAAGGAUGCCGAGAGCAUGGAUAGAUCGGAGCGACAAUAGACUCGAAUGUCGAUCCCGAAUCGAGGUUAAACACCGCGUCUUCUUCUCUAGCGCUGGUGGUGAAAUUGAGGCAUGGACUGACAUACCGAAGCCAAAAAAUGCUUUUACUGGGGUUGAAAAGUCCACCUGCAUAAUGGCGCCGCGACAUAUAUCCAGAGUCGUCAAGUUCAAUUUGUUCACGGAGAGACUGACUCAAUCUGCUCCAAAGAGAGUGCAUCUCCUCAAUUGCCGGGAUCGCUCUAAUUGUCCCACUUUGUCUUUGGACGGAAGUGGCGCAUCGAAUGGUAGUGCCACUGCUUUGGGAAAAGAGGAUCCGGUGACCAAAUAUGGUGUUCUAGCUCCUAGAGAUUGUAGUCUCUACGGGAGGGGAGGCUUACAGACAAGGAAUGACACCAGGAAGGAGGAAGGUUCCAAUCUUCCGAGUUUAAAUCUCCUUCAGCUUCCGUACCUUGGUCAUCAACGACGGUCCUCAGCACCGGAAGCACUGGAGAACAGGCCGGAACCACGCAUCCAACCUUCAAGGGCGAAGUAUUAUCGCCUAGCAAAUGGGAAAUCCGUCAAAGUGAAGAUGCCUUCCACAGACGUUUAA